AUGUCCGGUAAGCGACAACGACCCGCCAAUUCGUCUAGACGCCCAAAGGGUGCUGAGGACGAGGCUCCUCCCCCAAAGCGCGACAAAAUCAGCAAAACCAGCCGUUCCAGCAGAUCAACUAAUAACAACAAUUCAGGCGAAGCAGAACCUCGACGAUCGGUGCGCGCCACCAAGGGCCAGCACACCAAAUCCUUCGACGAACUUGAACCUGCGACCGUCCCCAAGCGACGACAGACAAAAAAGACCAAGAAGGCCAAGGAGCAAGAGCAGGAACAGGAGCAGCAGCAGGGCCAGGAGGAAGAUGAGGAGGACGAGCUCAUCCGCUGCGUCUGCGGCGCGACUGAACAGGAUGAGGAUUCUGGUGAGGCUUGGAUCGCCUGCGAAACCUGCGGCGCGUGGCAGCACAACGUUUGUGUCGGAGUGAGCUCGUUUGACGACGAGAUCCCCGAGCAUUACUGGUGCGAACAAUGCCGACCCGACGAUCACAAGGAACUCCUCGACGGUAUGGCCAAGGGAGAGAAACCUUGGGAAGCCAGGCGUCAAGCGCAUGAAGAGGCCAAGAAGAAGAAGCGUGGCGGUCGCAAGGGCAAGAGCAAGCGACAUAGCGAGACCAAGGACGAAGACAAGUCCAAGGCCAAGCCGUCUCCGGCGCCAGAUGCCCCCAAGGAGAAGAAGGAGACCAAGACUGGGAAACGAAAGGCUCGAGAAGACUCCCACGACACUGAUGGCAAGACGACCAAGAUCCGCCGCGUAGCAGAGAACGAAGCCACGCCUGUACCUACAGUCUCCUACACGCCUCCAGCAGACCUAGCCAAGGCGAUCGGAGAACUACCCAACCAACGAAUGGGACCGGCCAAGGCGUUGAACAAGUCCAUCACCCAUCUCUUGACCUCGUUACAGAAGCAAGGGAACCUCCAGCUCGAGGAGGGCAGCACGAUCGAGUCCAAGUCCGAGACGCUUGCUCUACAAAUCGAACGUGCCGUCUUUGACACACACCCUGUGACCAAGGGACAGAAGGAGUACAGCCAACAGGUCAAAACACUAGCCUUCAACCUUAAGAACAACCCAGAACUGUGCAAUGGACUUUUGGCUAGGACCCUUUCGCCUUUGGGCCUGGCAGUCAUGACAUCAGAGCAGCUUGCUUCUUCAGAGAUGCAGAAGCAGACUGCCGAGAUGAAGGCCAAGGCUGAAAAACAGUCUAUUUUCUACACAUCUGAAACAGGACCUCGCGUACGACGAACGCACAAGGGCGAAGAGGUUAUCGACGAUGAGUCGUUUGUCAAUGACGCCCCAGUGCCUCUCCCAGCAGGUCCGCGUCGCCCACCGGUUCAGACCGUUAAGAAAGAGCCUGUCGGGGGAGACAAGCCGGACCUCGCUUCCCAUCCAGUACAGCAUGACGAUAAGCAACGAUCACCGAGCCAUCCCGACUUUGAUAUCACCAAGGUCUUCUCGAGUGUCAAGUCUCCGACUGCUACUCAGAAUCGCCGUCCGUCGGCUCCCAUCGCCCCGGCUAAUGGCCCGGGUGUUGAUGCUGAUGUCGACCGGAUGCUCCAAGAGGAGAAUGAAUCGCCCCCGUACUCUCCUACUGAGGAAACCCAGGACCCCGACGUUAUCUGGCGGGGUGCGUUGGCUAUGAGCUCGAUCGCGGACUUCCCAGCAACGGCCAAGCACAUCGGCGGCGCUAACUUUGCCGCGGUUGGGCCAUGGUCGAAACUGAUUCCAACACGAAUGACAGUGGCUGGCCGCAUCACAGAGCAGAGUGCCAUAGAGUACCUCUGCAGUCUUCGCUACAGCAGCUUCACCGAUAUCAUCGUUGUUAGCAUUACACCUGUGUCUCCAGCUUCACAUGCCGAGUUUAACGCUCUCAUCGACUACUUUUUGAGCAAGAAGCGGUAUGGUGUGGUCGGGGACAAGGUUGUAGGAAAUGUGCGAGACACGUAUCUUGUGCCAGUCCCCCCUGGAGAGGAUAAUUAUCCCGAGUUUAUGCUCAACCUUGUUGACAACAAGAUCCCCAAGACUCGCACUGAGCCGAUGUUGUUGGCGGUCUUUGUGUAUCGCAAUGAUCCUGAACAGCUUAAGCAACUGAAGGAUAAUGCCUCGAAUCAACAAGAUGCGAGCGCUCAGGGGUCGCCAACUCCGGUAGGACACGCUCAACGAAGUAACUCGACGGCGUCAGCAGGCCCUGCCUUCUCACCAGCAACACCCCAGGCGCCCCAGGGAGCAUUCCCUCAGAGUUCGCCACCACCUCACCUGCAUUCCAUGACACCGGUGCCCAUCCCACAGCCGCCUCACACCCGGCCAGCACAAAAGUACCAGGCUCAGCAGGCCGGUACUGCUAUGGCACAAGAUAUCCUUGGACCCCUGAUUAGUGUUCCGACAGUUCAGUUCAUCCUCCCCCAAGCGUGGCAGAUGUCACGCAGGGAGUGGGAAGUGGUUCGAAAGAUCUUUGAGCGAGAUCCUCGCGCACGAGAAGAUCUUCAACAUCUUGGAACCCUCCUGGAGAGGGAGACGGCAAACGACAAGGCAGGAGCGCCUGCUGCUGCUUAA